GUGCGACAAGGACAGACAUAUACAGAGUGUUACCUGCAACGCGACGCACGAUUUUUCACCCACUUACAGCCAUCUGACAAAAAAAGUUUGGAACAAAAGUCGAACGGUAGAGGGUGUACAGUAGGUGUCAAUAAAAAAAUUCAAAAACUGUUUGUUUUAAUAACAAAAAAAAAGGUCACUUUGGAUUAAACAAAUAGGAACACAUAAUUUUUUUCCCACCGUAUUGUAGAGAACAUCGAGACGAAUUCAAAACACAUAUUACAUGAUAUUUUUAUUAACAUGUUACUCCAGUUACAAUAGUGGAAAUUUGAAACAUUUAGCUUCUCGUCGUAUUUGAUUCUAAGACCAUGUAAACAUAGUUGAUAGAUUACUGAAUAUAAACAUAGGCUUAACAUAGGAUAUAAACCAAGGACACCAACUGUACGCCCUCUACCGUUCAACUUUUGUUCUAAACUUUUUUUUUGUCAAAUGGUUGUAAGUGGGUGAAAAAUCGUGCGUCACGUUACAGGUAACACGCUGUAUAUAUAUAUAUUUGUAUAAAUUGUUUGUUUAUCGAUCUAUGACCGUUACUAUUUGAAUAUUAUCGAUAUAUCGAUAUACUACAGAAAGUGGGAUUUGCACUUUGUAUAUAUACAAAAGUAUUUACUAAACAAUAUAGAUUAAAUCUUUUAUGAAAAAACUUUUUAUAAUACUUUUAUUUUAAAUUUUGAAUUUAAAAUGGAUCCAGAAUAUUAUAGUAGUUUAUAUAAAUGGUUUGAAAAAUGUGGAGUAAUAUCAAACAUAAGAACGCAUCUUCGUCAAAAUUUAAUAAAUGCGUUAAAAAGUAAAAAUAUUACUUUAAAAGAUUAUGGGCCCAAAUCUGCAAAGCAGUAUAUUUACGAUCUACUAAUAGCAGAAUAUUUAUUGAAUCAUAAUUACGAAUAUACACUAUCUGUAUUUGCCAGCGAAGCACCAUUGUUAGUUAAUUUUUCUAACAAGACAGUUGAAAUAUCUGGUGACAAUGAAAAGGAUAAUAAAAAAUUACAAAAUGAUUAUAUAUUGCAUGUUUUGGAAACGUUAGGUAUUAAUCCUCGUGAUCCUGAAGGACAAUAUGUUAUAUCACAAUACACAAAAAAUGAUAUGCCUCUUCUUUUAUGUAUAUUGAAGUCUAUAACUAUGUUCUCUUAUAACAUACACAAUGAUGUACCAAUAAAAGAAAAAAUAUCUCUGUGUAAUGAAUCCACUCAAACUGAAGUUUCUUGGCAACUUAAUAAUUUUUAUACAAAAAAAUUAACUGUUUUGAAAAGCAAGAUAUCAGCGCAUAAACAAAUGAUGGAUAAUAAAUUACGUAGGAAGGAAAUGAUAUUGAAAGAGCAGGCAGUGGUCAUUAAGGACCAACUUUUAAUAUUAAAUACAAAAUUGCAUCAAGUUCAGAAUAUGAUACAUAAUAUGAAUUUGAGAGAAAAACAACUAAAAGAAAAAAUACAGAAUAAUAAACAAGUUUUACAAAAAGAAAAGGAAUUAACAUUGAAGGAAAAAUUAUUAUUACAAAAAGCAGACAGAUUGCAAAGGGAACAAGAAGAUCUUAAAAAACUAGAAGAAGAAUUUAAAAAAGUUCGUAUGCAGAGAGGUGUACAGACUGAACAUACAGUAAAAUUAUCUAAUCAUUUUUUACAAAGCAUUGAAAUACAAACGGAUAUUGUAAAGGAUGUACAACAGGAUAAAAUUGAAGUCCUCAUUAAAGAAAAAGAAAAAUUAAAUGCUCUUAUUCAAGAGCAACAAUUAAGAAUAGAACAAAUAACACAACGAGCUCUUCAGUUGUCUCGACAAGUGGAGGGAAUACGCUCGUUGAGACCAACUGAAGUUCCAACACAAACUAUUAAUGCGAAUACAGUUAUUAGCGAAAGCAGCUCAACAGAAGAUAUUCUCCAAGAUGCAAAAAUGAGACUUAAACGUUUAGAAGAAGAAAGUUUAAAAGCGGAUCAGUAUUAUCAUAAUUUUAUUAAUAAAUCGCAGUAACAUAUAACAUAACUUACAGUAAUCUGAUAGAAAUAAAAUAAAGAAAAAUCAAAAAAUGAUGAUUUAUAUAAUA